CACGAAUUGUCAAAUUCAACAAGCAAGAGUAUUAUUGCACUCAACUUGGUGAAAAAACUUAUAGCUGUUUGUCCACCAAAGAUCCAAUUACUUGCUCAAGCAUUGUGCUGCUGGCUUAUAACACCGCCUGCCACAACCAUAUUGUCAAACUAGAUCAACGAAAGUAGGCCGUCAAAGGUGCACAUGUUAGGCGCUCCAAGUCGCGCUUUCUCUACCAAGUCUGACCCAUACGGUACCUAUGUAAAACAUGGAUUCUCGUGACAAAGAAUCUGAGGAGGAAAUUGAUCUUGAUCCGGUAAGUGUUUCCGAUGAUGUUCCUCUUAAAAUUUCGGAUUUUGCGGAUGAAGUUGCUAGGGUUGGCCAUCACAUAAGCGACUCUCUUGGGGCAAAAGAUUCUAAAGAUGAUGAGGCGAUCUACAAGCCAUAUUUUACAUCUUUUGUUGGAGGCGUGGCUAAGGACCACGCUUUGGGAAACAACCAUCAAUCUCUUAUUUCAAUUCUGCCUUGUGCAAUCAUCAUGUCUCACCUUCCUGAUAUCAUCAAGAAGGAGUGCCUUGUUUCAACGGAUGCAACUAUACACGAGAUUCAACUUCAAAGAAUAUUUUUGUACCCCCAAUCUGGAGGCAUUCUCAACAACACUUGGCAUACGAAUCAUGGCUGCUUCACCAGGCAAUUUUAUAGUUGGAAUCAUGCAAGGGCACUCAAGACAAACGAUUGCAUUCACUAUGAGGCGUUGACUUAGGGUUGUAAUUGAAACUCCCUUGUCAUCACGUAGGAAAUCACUUGUUGGAUAGGAGUAAUUGAGGUUGUUUGCUGCAAUGGGGAAAUUGGACUAACAUUUUCCACCCAAAAGCUAAUGCAGUAAUAAACAUAGAUUUGUAGUUACAAAUUGAUCUACUGUCUAGAAUUGAGCACUAGGAAAUAACGGAGUAUAAAAUAAUUCCUCCAUGUGAGCUUUUAAUUGAAAUUAAAAAAGGAUGUAAUCAAUACUUUAUUUAAAAACAAAGAAAUUAUUGACCGGAUUUUCGCGCAACUGACUAUGCAUCAAUAUAUGGAAAUAUUGCGUUACAUAUGGAAAUAUUGUGUUCAUUUUAUAUGGAUAUUUUUAUAUAUGCAUUUUAUGUGCAUUACAUAUGGAAAUAAUCAUUCGUUACAUGUAGUCAUUUUUGUUAUAUAUUUUAUGUCAUUUAUAUAUAGAAAUAUUGAAAUUGUUGUAUGUAUAAAUGUUUUGUGUUCGUUUAAAAUAGAUAUGUUCAUUAUUAUUUAUGGAAAUUAUUAUUUAUGGAAAUAAUAUUAUUAUUAUUAUUAUUAUGGAACCAAAAUAUAAUAGAAAUAAUAGUUUUAUAAAAAUAAUACUCUCUCCGUCAUAUAUUAAUCUUCCUAGUUUGACUAAAAUUCAUUUUUAAGGGAUCGAUAAAUAUGUCUUAGACUUCCAAAAAUACCCCUCCUUCCCAAGGGCAAUGAUUGAGAAGAGGGGGUGCAACACAGAGACGAAGAGAUGGGCCCGGUCAUUAUUCUGCUACGGGGGAGUGGAUGAACAGCUGAGCCCGAAGAUCCGAUAGUCCGUGCUGGAGGAGACGAUUCAGAGAGUCGGCGACGAUUUAAGGGAUGGGAUGACUCGAUCUACUCUCACUGCAACUAGAAAAGUAAUAAUUGAACCCAGCAGUGAACUUUCAAAAAAUUGAAAAAAAAAACUAAAAAAACUUGCCAAAAAAUCAUCGUUGGAAUACCGUUUGUCGGCAAAGGUCAACAUCGACAGAACCCGGUGCACAAACCACAUACUUCCUGAGCAACUGGUUGUCGGCAAAGUUCAACGUCGGAGUACAUCUGGUUGUGGUCUCCGCUGCAGGUCUGACAUCCGAUGAAUCGCCAGUAUCGUUCCUUGAUAUCGGCGACGAUGAAAAAUCGCAGAUCGAAAGGGGGAGAGAACUUUAGAUCUAGAUCUGCGGUUUUGAGAAAGAGGCGAAGAAAGGAGAGGGAAGAGAGACGGAGAGGAUUAGAUCUAUUAAGGAAAAUGAAGAUUAGUUGAAAAU